AUGCAUAACGCACCCAAAACGGAAAUAUCUAAAAAUAAUUUAAACUUCUUCGGAUCGUUUUACACCAAAUAUGGAAAAAAAAACAACGAUGAGGUAAGUACGAGCGAGCAUCCGGUGACAGAGGAAAAUUUUACCAACGAGAAAAAUAAUUCCAACCAGAAUGUCAGUAGCAAUAUCAGUAUCAGCAGUAACAUUCUCAGCAGUAACAUUCGCAGUAGCAAUAUUCUCAGCACCAAUAUUCUCAGCAGCAACAUUCUCAGCACCAAUAUUCUCAGCACCAACGUCCUUAGUACCAACGUCGUAAGCAGCAGCAGCAACCAAGUAGAAAGCGAACAUGAUCUGUUUAUGGAGAGCGAACAGGAUUACGACUCACUUAAAAAUCCAUACAAAUCGGCCAAAUUGUUUUACGACAAUAAUAUGCCAUUUGAAACGAGUAGAAAAAGCAGUAAAAGUUUAUUGGACAAAAAUUAUUUUUCCAUCGCACAUGCGUCCAUUUUUCCCGCGGAAGGUUUUCUAGGCACGUCCCCAAAAAAUAGCUCCCAGAACGCCAAAAGUCGAAAGAACAGCAAAAGUAAUGAUAACCUGUAUGACACGGAUUACUACAUAGACAAUAACAGUUACAUGAAUAACCAGAGUAAGUUUUCGAAAUUCCUGGAGGCUUUUCAAAACGUGGAUGGUAGUGAUGAUUACGACACCUUUGAUAUUUUUGGCAUUAACAAACCGAGGACCAAUCAGGGUUACACUUCUGUCGGCGCGGGUCGGAAAACGGAGAAAGGUGCCCCCGCCAAGGAGAAAGAUGAUGCGACAUCGGGAGUGGCGCCAUCGACAGCGGAGGAUGCGCAGAAUAAUCAGGCAAAAGAAGAUGAUAAACUGACAGGCGGUUUAAAGCGGCAGGCGGUAGUUCAGGGCGAAAGCAAAGCGGGUAGUAGACACCGCGAGGUUGAGUGCGAUCCGGGAUCCGAUCGCUGCGCAGGGGGUAGCGGUGAGCAUGGUGGAGAGUACAUCGGCGAGCAUAAUGGAGAGUACAUCGGCGAACACGUUGCUGAUCACGUUGCUGAUCACGUUGGUGACUGUGUAGCAGACGCGGCGGGGGAUCACAGUGCCCAGUCAGACGAGGCACACCAAAACAACCCCACAGAAACACACACCGGGGAGAAGCACCCAUAUGACGAGAAAAAUUUUGGUUACGAUAAAUUUCUACUGAAAAAUUUUUUCUCAAAAAUAUCAAUGUUCAUAUCAAAUAACAACGAAGAAGAAGGAGAAGGAGGAGGAGGAAAAUAUGAGUCAAAAGAAAUCGGAAAGGACGAUAACCAUCUCACUGUACCCUUUAGCAGAAAAUGUGAAAGUCUCAAUUCGUACACCUCUCCAUACGAAUUGAAAGAAUAUUUCGAUAAUAAUGAUAUGAAAAGUCAAACAGAAAAGAUAAGAAAUUCUUUGGAAAGAUUUGACACGUGGGAACCUUUCCCAUCCAGUGAAGAAAAAAACAAGUAUGAAAUGACCAACGAGAUUAAUGACAGGUGCAGCCGAGGGGAGUCUCACAAGAAUGAUAACGUGGGAAGGUCGGAGCGGGGAGACAGACCAGAGACAAACCAACAUGCAAAUGUACAGAGUCAAUAUGCAAACACACAGACGGAAAAUAGUGAAAACCGCUCGGAAGAAAACAGGAGUGAUUAUAACUCCACCAAAUGUUAUCAUUAUGUGAGGAACACGGACCAACCGAUCGAUUACUCGCUUAGCGAUUUAGGCGGAAAGGAAAUGACCCAGAGGAAAUGCCAUGCUUGCGCAAAUGAGGAGGAACAGGAGGAACAGUCGUACGCCGUACACAUGGAUAAUGAGCAAAUGGGCAACGAAGAGGUCAAGGAAGAAGCAAACAAUGCUGCGAGCAAAAGGGGAUACCACAGAAAUGAUUAUCAAUAUAAUAAGCACAUGUUGCUUAGCGAUUUGAAACAUUUCCCAUGUGUAAAUUAUUCAGGUAAACAGGAUGGGUCCGAGUUUUUUCGCAACAAGGAAAGUUUGCAUAAGUACUACUCCAUGCUUCACAAACUUUCAAAGAAGGAGACCAAGCCAUCUGCCGCGCCGAGCAGUGUCUGCCUAAGUGGUGCAAACAACGACGGUGUAAACAGGCAGGGGAACGACAACAAGGACAGUAUUGACGCAAUUAGUGCUGGCGACGCUAGUAGAAACGGUGCCCAUGAGAAGAACGAAAAUGGAGAUGACGGGGCCGAUGGCGACUGUAGAACUGAUGACUCCCCCCAGAACAUCGGCGAGCAGGAGGACAUGUGCAUAACUGACGACCUCGACGGGAAUAGUGCGGAACUACUUAAAAGCAACUCCGAUGUGGAAAACGAUUUCGCAAAUAACCCUGACGCGGUGAGUGGUGAUACAUUGACGAACAACAAUUCCUAUCCGCAAUACUCUAAUAGAAACUGCGCAUAUAAUAAAUCAAAACACGAAAAUAGGGCCUAUGGCAGAAUGCGCAGCCAGAAGGGUAAUCUCGCUAAUUAUUCCUUUAUGAAUAGCAGUGCUUUCAAUAAAAAUUCCAUCAACGUUCGGAGGAGCGAGCACGACGACGAGGAUGUGGACGACGAUGUUGACGAGGAGAAUGACGCGGAUGUUGGCGCGGAUGUUGACGCGGACUUCGAGGCGAAAUUCGGGGCGGAUCCUGAUGUGGAUGCCAAUGCCUACUGCUAUGGCGACUGCGACUACAGCGGUGACUGUGGUGGGGAAGGCGCCCGAGGUGGUGAUAUAACCACGUGCAUUAAACCGUUCGGGCGUGUGAAGGACACCGACUGCGACCACAACGAUGUUAGCGACUGCUUCACUGGAGAGAUGAACACAACAUUCAAUCCCUACGUUAAGAAACGCGCUUUUAAAAAAGAAAUGUACAAAAAUCCAUAUGACGAGGUGUGCAAAAUUAACAGCAAGUUUGACACUUUUGACGUUGGCAUUUUCCAGGGAGACAAACAAAUGCUUAUUUACAACAAGGAUAACUUAAUACGGGACAGAGUACCCGAUGGGGAAUGUGCGUACUGUGAUUCUGGUGCGCACAAGGGGGGGAAGCACAAGAGUGCACAGAGCGCGUGGAAGAAGCGCGGGAACGAGAGCGAUGUGGAUGCCGGCGAUGUGGAUAUUGGCGAUGUGGAUGCCGGCGAUGUGGAUGCUGGCGAUGUGGAUGCUGGCGAUGUGGAUGCUGGCGAUGUGGAUGCUGGCGAUGUGGAUGCUGGCGAUGUGGAUAUUGGCGAUGUGGAUGCUGGCGAUGUGGAUGCUGGCGAUGUGGAUAUUGGCGAUGUGGAGGAGCACGUGCAUGAAGGGUAUGACGAGGACGGCGAUCACCAUCACGACCAGGACUACAAUCGUGAUCAUCAUCUGGAUGACCAUCUGGGUGACGGCCACGGCGAUCGCAACCGCGACGACUUGCUGUUCUCCAUGGCGCCGUACGGUCGGACCAGCGGCGGAAAGUUCGAAACGCCCCCCAGGAACAAAUUUAACCUUUUCAAUAACUCGAACGCGUUUGAGUGCAGCCAGGGGAGCUGCGGGGAGAGUUGCUUCCAGGAUAAGUGCCUCCAGGAGAACUGCCUCCAGGAGAACUGCCUCCAGGAGAACUGCUUCCAGGAGAGUUGCUUCCAGGAUAAGUGCUUCCAGGAGAACUGCUGCCGGGGUGGUAACUUCCAUGAUGGCGGCUUCCAAGGUAACGGCUGUCGGGACGACUGCUGCAGGGGCAUUUGUGCCCCGGAUAAAUACCACAUGCGGUACAGCGAGCGCGCGAUGAGCGGUAACUUCUCGGACGGAGGGAAGAACGUCGAAAGGUACCUGACAAACGUGCGCAGCGAUAAAAAGGCCGCCUACAGCAACCCAUUCAACUUGAAUAGCAGCAUUGCGUACAACCUCUACCGCAGGGGCAACAAGAAUUAUUUCCCCCCAAAUCAGUAUGAUCAUAUUUGUAAGGAUAAAUGUGCAAACCAUGUGAUGAAAAAUUAUUUCGACGUAAAAAUGAAGGAAAGCAAAAAUGAUGAAAACAAAUCAGCAACGUUAGGAGAACAAAAAAAAAAAGAUUUUAAAGGAGCGUUUGUUUCAGUGCCAAACAUUAACAAUUUGAAUGGGCAAAAAUUCUCCGCCCCAAAUGACGUAUAUUAUUAUAGCAAUAGGAAAAAAUCGGAAGAAAAAAUUUUGAUUGCAAAUUUGUACGAAGAGGUUGAUUAUUCUAGCAGGGGAGUAGGAGGUGGUGGAGCAGUCGGCCACGUCGGGGGAGGAGUAGUUGGUCACGUCGGGGGAGGAGUAGUUGGUCACGUCGGGGGAGGAGUAGUUGGUCACGUCGGGGGAGGAGGAGUCGGCCACAUCGGGGGAGUAGUUGGCCACGUUGGGGGAGGAGUGGGCCAUGUCGGAGGUGGGAUGGUUGGCCGAUUAGCCAUCGAUUCUGCGCCUGCAGGAGGAGUACCGUCAGGAAUUAUGAUGACACCCUCAUCAUCCGCAGGAAAGGGAACGACCGGCGUGACAGCAGGUGCCGCCAUGACAUUCGGUUCAUCUCCCGUAAAUGCAGGAGAUUGUUGGAUGAAGAGGCAAAAAAUAAGUGUAAGUAGCAACAAAAUUGAAAUUGUUAGGAAGAUCGAUAUGAAUUACAAAAGGAGAAUUAUUGACUCGUCGCGAACUAUGGUAUCAAAUAAAUAUAUGCAGCAUUAUGGCAGCAACAAUUUAGCGCUACCCAGUAGCAGUUAUUGCCACGACGCACUUGCCAAGUGUAAUGGUUUGUAUGAUCAUUCCGCUAACAACAGAAGUUUGAAAAUGCCUCCCAAAACGAAUAACCUAAUGCCAAUUGAUCAUAAUGGUUUUUCAAAUAUACGCACAAAAAUACCCUCAGAAAAAACACACGCAAAUUUGUUCAAUCAUGUUAUAGAUGUCGAAAAAUUACAAGAAAAUAAAUAUCGAAUAUAUAAGCAAUUAAAUAUGAGCAGUAAGGGUAGAAAAAAUGUGAAUGAUUUUAUCGACUUGGAGGACGUGCACGAGAGGAACAACUGCGAUGUGUACAGACGAAGUGCUGCCAGUGCUGCCAAUGCAGCCAAUGCAGCCAAUGCAGCCAAUGCCGCCAACGUUGUCGAUUACGAUUGGAAGAAGGAGAAAUUUUUAAAAAAAAAAAGUGCACUGCUGAAUUUUUACAAUGACGUCGAGGGGGACAGAGCAGUCAAUUCGUUCUUCCCCUGUGGCAAAAAACGGGAGCAAAUGGUUAACUACAUCAUUGAUGUGGAUAAAGUGUACGAAGAUGAUAAUACCACCAGCACCACCAACAGCAGCACCAUCAGCACCACCAACAGCAGCACCAUCAGCACCACCAACAGCAGCACCAUCAGCACCGCCAACAGCAACACCAACAGCAACACCUUCUUUACAGUAACAGCGGCAACUACAAAUUGAAUGAAGCUAAGCAAAAUGAGAAGAGAAGCAGCAAACAACAACGCAAGUAGCAGCAAUAACAAUCAGGCCAACCCUGACGACGAAGAUGGAGAUGAAGAUGAAGAUAGCGAUUUAUACAAUAACAUUGAAUUUGAUAGAAUAAAAAUAGAAAAUAUUUUGGACGGAACCAUCAAGCUAGAUAAUAAGGAUGAAAAUAUUAUUAAUAAUAUUCUUGAAUUGGAGAGAAGAAAAUAUACCAUUAAUUGUAUUAUGGAUAAACUGAGGAAGAGAGAAAACGAACACAAUUAUUUAGCUGACGUCGACAAGGAAGUUAAACAUAAAAUUAAUUCAAACGUGUAUGAUUUAUAUUCGGAUAAAAGCACCUAUAAUAUUUAUAACACCAAAAUGUGUGUGAAUUAUUUUCUUGAGGAAAAAAUGCACUCUCCAGAGAAUAAAGAAUUUAUAAAAAAUUUUUUCGUCGAGAACACCACGAAGAAUAUUUACUUCGUGCAGGUGUUUAAAAAGAAGAAGAAGAGAAAAGGGGGGGCCCCCGUGGGAAAGAAAUGCACAGAGGAGGAGGAGCAGAAGAGUGGUGAAUUGGGCGAACAUGUUGGAAAUGCGGGAAGCAUGGAGAAAGAAGCAUCCAGUAGUAUUGCCCCCCCUGUGCAACUCUUGCCGUGUUACGCUGUUGCAGUAGGUGAGGAGUCCGCCGCGGAAAAUGAGAAAAAGUACGACGUGGAGGAGGGUGCAGAGGGCAAACUGGGACAGGCUGAUGACAAGCUUGGCGGAACCGAUGGGAAAGUCCCUGACAAGGUGCUCGGCGAAAUUCAUGGCGACGUCCCCGGCGAUGCCCCCGUCGACAUUUCCGCCCAUGCCCCCGGCGAAGCGUCUGGUCAAACCGCGGACCUGGUCGAACCAGCAGAGGGAAACGGAGGGGCCACAGACCCCCCCAAGAGUGAGCAGAAGAUGAAUUACUUUAACUACCAGCUGAGUUUCAUCAAGCGGAAGUUUUACAGCGCGGAGAAGGACGAGAGCAAGAAGGAGGAGCAGCAGGAGCAGAAGCAGGAGCAGAAGCAGGAACAGAAGCAGGAGGAGCAGACGCAGCCACCGCAACUGCAACAGCAAGAUGAAAUGGAAAUAGCCGAUGAGAAUUUCGAGUUCUCGAUGGGCAAGUCAGACGGCAUCAAUGAGCAAACUGUGGCAGGAAAAAUCGAAUCGGAGGAGAAGCAAGCAAUCAUGAUGCCCACGGAAGGGGCACACCAAGAAGCCCUACAUGGGGAACUUCACCAGAAUAUCCUCCAUCCAGGCAGCGAAGACCCCUCAGGGGAAGAAAUACAUCCCAUUUCCAGAGCUGAAGGAGCAAACACACACCCUAACGAGGACGAAAUGGAGGAUGAUUUCGAGGAAAGAGAUAACCUAAUCGACCAAAUGAUAGGAAUAAGUAAAGAUGACAGAGAUGAAGAAGAAGAAAAAAAAAGGGAGACUGAACAUAGCUUCGAUAGUGUAAUAAAUGAAGAAAUGGUCGAAAAUGAGGAAAGCAAAUUUGGAAACUUCCCUUUGCAGGAACAGUUGUUCAGUGUGCUGAAAAUGACCGGAGCGCAGAUCAUCAUGGGGAACGAAGAUGAGGAUGAUUUGGACGAGUAUGACGACGACGACAAUGAUGAGGAGGAGGAAGAAGAAGAAGAGGAAGAGGAGGAUGAGGAGGAUGAGGAGGAGGAUGAGGAAGAGGAGGAGGAGGAGGAAGAAGCGAAAGUGGGUGAAGAAGCGGAAGUUGGUGAAGAAGCGGAAGGAGACGCCGCAGUGAAUGCAAACGAGAGUGAUAAGGAGAAGAAUAACGAGGCGAAUGAAGUGAAUGACAUGAAUGACGUGAAUGACGUGAAGGACGAGAGGGAUGAGAAGAAACCCGCGAAGGACAACGUCGAACGGGUGAAGCAAGAAGCGCAGAGUGCGGAGGAAACAAAGAUAAGCGAAGCUGACGCUGCCCAUGCGAAGGAAAAAGCCGGAGAGGGCGGCGAAGCAGCAGGAGAGCGGGAAGUAGAGGUGAAGAGGGAAUGUAACGGAGAGAACCAAGAGGAAGAAACAUCCCAAAGGAAGAAGGAUGUAAUAAAUUUUCAGAAUGACGAAAUGACGACUCCCCAUUGCGCAGAUGAUGGUAAUGACACUAAAGCAGUCAGGGUGAAGAACCAAGCUAAAGUAAAUAUUGAAGAAGAAGUGAUUGAAAUAAUUGAAGAGGAGGAGUCUAACCAAGACAAGUCCUACUCUGACAUUAAAUUCAUGACAGAGGAUAAAAAGGAGGAAGAAGAAGAAUUCGAAGAGGUCAUCGAAAAAAGAAGCUGCACCAAGUACAGAAACAAACACAACAGCAACAGUGAAGGUUACUUCCCUUAUGACCAUCGAGAUAACGUGAAAAAGGAAUACGAAAAUUAUGCAAAGCAUAGCAAUCAUGGAAUGAUAAAUGGAAUUACCCUCAAAAAGGAAGAACGCGGAAUAGGUGAAUUCUACAGCCAUCUGGAGAACUACCAGGAGAAGGAAGUAGAAGGAGAAGUAGAAGUAGAUGAAGAAGAAGAAGAAUCACCAGAGUAUAAACAAUUUAAAAAACAAAUCGCAAUAAUGGACAGUAGCAUGCACAAGAAAGAAAAGGAGAAUGAAAAGAAGACCAAAGAAAACGAACAGGAAAAACAACAAAGGGAUGAUGAUAACUAUUUAUCCAUACAGAAAGAACAAUUAAUGAAAGGAACAGUCAACGGAGGAAACUCAAACUCAAUUAGCAACAUGAAUGGGAAAAAUUUUUUCAUUAAAGAUAUGCUACAUGAGAAUAAUCAGUACGUACACGACUAUUGCGAUAUUGAAGAUAGUAUAAAGUAUAAAAUGUUGGAUGUAGCUAAGAAGAACCAAAUUGAGAAAAUAAAAAAAAAAAUAAAAAAAAAUAAAAAGCUAACCAAGGAAGAUUUUAAGUUAUUGUCCGAGUUACUACAUCAUAAAUUUUUACUUAACGAAAUUAGUGCCAUAGGUAAUUACGAAGUGAAUUACAAAAACUGCUUUGACAUCCUCGAGUUGGAGGAAUAUAAACUGAGAAAGGACGUGCUCAAAAUGUACUGUGAAUGUCUGUCCAUAGGGCUAACCAACCAUGAGAGGGAAUUUCUCAACGAGUUCCAGCUGUUCAUGCCAGACAUUAACAUCUUGGACGAUAAAAAUAUUUUGUACAUUUUACGGCACUCCAGGAAUGAGAAGAAUUGCGUGUUCAAGUGUUUCCUGGGAGAGAAGGAGAACUCGUAA